CAGCUCCAGCCCUUCAGGGAAGGCAAGUUAGCUAGCUAACAACCAAGUGGCUAACAGUAGCAUCUGGGAGGCGGUGGGUGCCAUAGCAACCGUUUAGGAAACAAUACUGAGACGCUAGCUAGCUUACACAGUAGAGGCUAACCUCGGUUUGUUAUGCUAGCGUCAAACAUACCGUUGUCGAUACUUGAAUGUCCAAUUUAAUAUUAGUCAGCCAAGUUAUGCCACAACGUCGUUAUUUGUCUUGUUCCUUCGCCCACAUUACUUAGCGGUCAGUCUGCUAAACGCUUCAAUUAUGGACGUUGAAGACUGCAAUGGCCAGUCUUACAUAUCAGCAAGUGGAGACUCUUCAAUGGAGAGGGAGUUUCCUGGGGCCCUUAGAGGACCAACAGCGAGCACUCCAAACAGCAAAGAGGGCUCUCCUAGUCGCUCCCUCAGUGCCAACUCCAUUAAAGUGGAGCUGUACAGUGAUGAAGACCUUGGUCGCAGUACUGAAGAUGAGAGAGGAGAACGGGUCGAGGAAGGAGGUCCAGAGCAUGGUUCUGACCCUGUUGGAGGCUACAGGCAGCCCAGCAAAUUGCCCCUUGGGGACAAUAACGACUUUCCAAUCCAAUCCCCCAACCCAGAUACCAUACCCACUGGAGCCCCAAGAAUGCCAAAUGGAAAGCUCAUGUGUGACAUCUGUGGAAUGAUCUGCAUUGGGCCUAAUGUUCUCAUGGUGCACAAACGCAGCCAUACAGGUGAGCGACCAUUCCAGUGUAAUCAAUGUGGAGCAUCCUUCACCCAAAAGGGUAACCUGCUCCGCCACAUCAAGCUGCACUCAGGUGAGAAGCCCUUUAAAUGUCCUUUCUGCAGCUAUGCCUGUCGAAGAAGAGAUGCACUAACUGGUCACCUUCGCACUCAUGCAGUGUCCUCGCCGACUGUAGGGAAACCAUACAAGUGCAGUUAUUGUGGCCGUAGUUACAAGCAGCAGAGCACCCUGGAGGAGCACCGUGAGCGUUGCCACAGCUACUUACAGAGUGUGGAGUCGCAGCAGCCAUCCAGUGCACAGAAUCCAGGAGAGGAGAUGAGAGAGCUAGAGUUUAUGCCCGACUCUCUACUGCAACCCUCCUCAGACAAGAUGGCAUUUAUUGAUCGGCUUGCCAACAGUAUCACCAAACGCAAGAGAUCCACACCACAAAAAUUUGUAGGACAGAAGCUUAUACGCCUCAACCUGGCAGAUGCACCUUAUGAGCUCAGUGCUGGUUUGGAUAAAGACAGGGAGAUGCACACAGGGGACCUUGAAGCUCAGCACUUUACUGGUCUGGGAGGAGAAUAUGCUGGUGUAGAGGGUAAUGGAGGAGACACACUGAGGCCUCUACACCUUCCCACCACUCAUCCUUCAUGUUUAUCAGAACUAAGGUCAGUCCACAGCUCAGUUCACCCCUCUGGAGCUCUGGGCCCAAGGUUGGAUUGUACAGGUACUGGAGCUAGGCUGGGAGCUGUAGGUGUAGGAGGGAGGGAGGCUGCAGAGGGUCAUGAAGAUCUCCCAGCAGCGCGGAGUCACGCACCUUCCCCUAGCAAUGGUUGCCAGGACUCUACUGACACAGAGAGCAUGCCGGAUGAGCCAUGCAACAGCACUGCACCGACUCCAACUCUACACAGCAACAACCGCGACCAUCUCCUUCACUCUAACAACCAUCACUCAGCGCCUCCUCAUCACGCACACCACAGGAGUCGGGAGAGAUACAGUCCCAGCCAUGCCAAAGAUAGGGAGGUGAAAAGAGAGGAUGUGGGUCACUCAGCUCUCCCAACUCCUACCCUCGCACCAACUCCCAGCUCACCCACAGCACCCUCCUCUACCUCUAGAGAGGCUUUUCGGGUUGUAGACGGGGAGGGUCGAGCUGUGCGAUCUUUCCGCUGUGAACACUGUCGUGUGCUUUUCCUGGACCACGUCAUGUUUACCAUCCACAUGGGCUGCCAUGGGUUCAGGCAGCCUUUCGAGUGUAACAUCUGCGGCCACCGAAGCCAAGACCGCUAUGAAUUUUCUUCACACAUUGUCCGUGGGGAGCACAUCCUCGACUGAAGAAAAAUGGCGGACAAUCUGCUUCAGAUCGAGCUGAUUUUACACUGAGACAAGGACCUUUCUGGGUUUGGUCUGCACAAUCGUUUAAAGAGACAAAGAGGAAGACAAAAUGAUAGGAAUCUCUCAAACAGGCUGUGAUGAAGUUAGCAUUGAUGACAGGUUUAUUUGUGUUUUUUCUUAAAUUUUAAAAUGGUCCUUAUUAAUUUGAAUGCACUUUGAACAAUGGACCAAUUUAAAAUGCACUUUAAUCAAAUUUAAUCCAAAGUAGAUGAAGAGCCAAAGCACUUUUUUCAUCUGCACAUGUGCCUUGCUCUGAGUCAGGAUUCAAACCUGAUGCACAAAUUGACAAAUCUGAUGUUUGUCAAGAACCUGAAAGCUUUCACUUUUCAUGCACUUUAAUGGAGAUAAAACAAAUGAAUACUUUAAUCAAAUAAAGUUCAUAGGUUCACCUACAUUGGAUUCUUAAGAAAUUGUAUUACCUUGCUCUUAGAGAACUUAAUUUGGAACAAUUCUCUGACUGAUGUUGCGGGUGGCAAUGUUUUUAUCGAACUUGGGGUUCCUUCUGUACCAUAUAAAGCUUGAUAUAAUGUGAGACGAAGUGCAGACCAAACUCAGAAACCGGGUCCAAGUCGACUGGAUGUGUUUGCGGGGUCGUUGAUGAAUUAAAAACUGCACUUUUCUUGUUAACAGGGUUGGGUUGGACAUUUUUGAGUGUGUGUUUGAGAUAGAGGAAGAACAUGACAGCCUGAUGUUUUUUGGAGGUGAAGUUGAAUAGGUAAGGUGGAAAAUGAAGGCCUUUGUGUGAAUGCUAUGUGGGGCAGUGUAUGAAAUGUUUGUUGUUGUUUUGUUUUUCUUUUCUAUGACUGCUUUGGUUGCACUGAUACGUACCAGAAUACUUAAAUUAUAUUAAACUAUUUUAUGGAAUACAUUGAUCUGCACAUUUCUCUCAAAGUGUGAGAAAAACUAAUGGAAGGUUUUUUUCUCACCGGGGGGAAGGGGUACGAGAUUCACUGCCACAGUUUUAGAGAUUACUGAAGCGGGUAGGAUCAUUACAAGUCUUAAACAUUUUCCCUUUCAUAACUACAUAUAAGUGAAAACUAUCAGUCAUUGUUUAUGAUAUAUUCAAAUCUUAUUUUGUUGUUCUAUCUCAUUGUGAUGUGCCUUUCUUCACCCUGAUCACACCUUGUUGAGCAGGCUGAAGGACAUAAACUUCCACAGUCAUAUCUUAAGGAUCAUUGUGGCUGAUUAUAUUGACCAUGAGUCACAGAAUUGCUUUAAAGUUUUUAAACUAAAGGUUCUGGCUAAUAGCUUUGCACAACGAUUAUCUUCUCCUGUAUAACUUAAGAUGGAUUGAUUUUCGGGAAUGAAUCAGCAAAGAACUUUGAUUAAUGACUUCAUGUGCAUGGCACUUGGCACAAGCUUUUAUGACAUGAACUAGUGCAGUUUGGAGUGACAGUUUACUACAGUCCUAAGUUUCAUUAAAACAAAUGUUAUUUGACAGAGUUGUCUUUCACUGGUUUGACAAAUGACUUUUUGUCUGCUAAAGAAAACGUGGGGUAUUUUUAAAUCACCAAAAUCUUUUCAGAUUCCUAACGCAGACUGAACAGAAACAAAGGCUUUACAUGGAUAUUUAGUAUUAGUGUUGUGACUGGUUCAUUGGUUUCGUCUGAUUUCAAUAGUGGUGUAGAUGGGCAGAAGCUCUGAACUACCGUUUCUGUUUUUGGAAUAAAAAGGUACUUGCUUUUAAAUUCUUUUUAGAUCGCUGUGGCUCUAUACAGCGCCACCGGUUCUAAUAAUGGUUCCUCCAUGGCCAAAGAACCACCACUUCUUACUUUCAAGCACUUUUCUUAUGAAUGGCUAAAUAAAAAAUUAUAAAUCUUAUCUAUAUUUGUACAGAAGAGUAUGAAGAAGGAGGCAGCUGUGGUUUCUUCUCAUUACUCUUCUUGUCAGUAAAACCCUGUAGAUGUAGACACAGACUUUUGGUUCUCUUUCAAAUAAAUAUCACAACUGCUAAUCUCCAUUUACUUUUCAUUUUAACAACUGUUACAAGUUCUUAAGUGGACCUACAUUUGUUUUUGAUUUAUUUGUAAAGGACGUUGGUUUCUAUCCACUUUGCUGUAUGAGAUUUAAGAGAUAGAAAGUUACUCAGACACAAUGCACUGCAAUGAUUGUCUCAGUUUAGAAACACAAGCAUACAUUCAAGGUUUUAAUGUUCUUUUUCAGUCCCUAUGUACUUUCCUUUUACAGCAAUUUAAUCCUGCCUUAACACAGGUGUAGACUGAUGUAGUUUCCUGAAUCCUAACCCAGAACAAAUUUGAAUUGACUUUAAUGUUAAAGAUUAAACACAAAAGUUGUCAUGUCAGUUUUGAUGGCCAUAAAAUGCUUUGACCAAGCAUGUACAUCGUUCACCCUACUUCCUUGUGUAUUUUCUGUUUGCUGGCGACCGUCUGCACAAAAGCCAAGGUGCAAUUCUUCUACCAUUUGGUGUGAUGUGUUGUUGAUGUUACUGUUGUGCCUUUAGCCCAAGGUCUGUGUUAUUUACUUACCAGUUAAAAAUCUCACAUUUCUGUUAUAAGUGAAUUUCUCACUUUUAGAGCCCAUCUUUCAAGAGCUCCACAUUGUUUAGGCCAUAUUUGAAAUUGUUGUACACCAUCUGUACACUUGAACUAAACCCACUGGCUUGAACCAGUUUGAUUAAAUAGUCCCUCAUUGAUGCAUCAGAACCAUAGGUUCUAAGUAAUGCAGACUGCUAGGAGCCAAAGAUAUAACUUGAGAUACAAUGUGCAAAACCUCCAAACAGAGCUGAAGCCGAAGCUUUUUUUGACUGUGUGAAAAUGUUACAUAUUUUUAGAUUCCAUUAAUUGGCAAAAUCCACAGCAGUCUCAUCUUUUUUUUUUAUAAAGUAAUUUAAAAAAAGCCCAUUUCUGUUAUUAAGGGAUGUAGAUUUUUUAAAUAUAUAAAUAUUUUGUGUUAUGUAGUUUUUAAACCUGAUGCAUGUCAAACCACUGUUUGCUCCUCAGCCACCUUUCUGUUGUAGUCUUAAGGACAACCAAAUAAACUGUCUACUCCAACUCUGAAACAA